AACGGCAGGGAGGGUGAAUGAAUUCUUGGCGGCUUUACAACAUUAUUAGCUCCACGUUUUCAUUUUUCCUUCUCAUUUUUUACCCAUCUUCUCCAUUAUACCUAAACCUUGUGUUUCUCUCUAUUAAUGACAAUGCCCUCUAUAAAGACCCUCCAUUAACACCUACCUGUUCUCUAUAUAUAUCACACUAAGCAUAUUGCUUUCUGGGUUUUUAUAUUAAACCCAACACCCCAACUCCAACCCUUUACUUAAAGUGACUCUCGCGAUCACCAAAAAUGGCUGACCCCGUGCGAGCUACCUCCAACUCUGAGACUGCGUCCAGUUUUAACUCCUCUCCUCCUCCACCUCCCUGUUCUCCGUCCACGUCUGGAUUAUCCCCGAAUCCGAUGGAGAAACCCGACCUGGAAGACAACCCGAGAAAGCCCAAGAGGGCUAGGGACAAUAGUAAGCAUCCAGUGUACAGAGGGGUCCGAAUGCGUACGUGGGGCAAGUGGGUAUCGGAGAUCCGGGAGCCCCGGAAGAAGAACCGGAUCUGGCUCGGCACAUUUUCCACCCCGGAAAUGGCGGCCCGCGCCCACGACGUGGCCUCGUUAAGCAUUAAAGGCAAGUCAGCAAUCCUCAACUUCCCGGAACUCGCCGGUGCUCUUCCUCGACCCGCCUCCAACUCCCCUAGAGACGUCCAAGCCGCCGCAGCGAAAGCCGCUUCAAUGGACUUCAACAUUAACAAUAGCAACAACGAACAACCCAACCACGACGACAACAGCACAAGAAACAAUAAUGCAUCAUCAUCCUCAACGAUGACGCAAUCUUCAUACUCUUCAAUCGCAGAGGUGACGUCAUCACCGUGUUACGUGGCAACACCAGACGAGCUAAGCGAGAUAGUAGAGUUACCGAGUUUGGGAUCCAUUUUCGAAGAGUCGCCCGAGUUGAGGGACGAGUUCAUGUUCGGCGACCCGUGGCUGUAUAAUCUACCGUGGUACGAAGAUUAUUGUGGGGGCACUGGGUGUUUUAGUGAUCAUCAGUUGCCAGUAAUGCCAGAAAGUGUCAUUACCAGUAGUUUUGAUGUUUUUUUGUGGGAAAAUUAGUGUGUUUAAUUAAGUUUUCUUUUAAUUUUUUGUGUGAUUUUCAAAUUUAUAUGUAUAUGUAUAAUUUAUACAAUUUUUCUCAUUGAAGGGCUGAAAAUACCUUUCUUACUCGUCAA